AUGUGGAGCAAGGCGCCGCUGCGCUCGCUGUGCAAGCUCUCGCCCGGCUCCCCGGCCUUGCAGCUUUCGCCGCGCGACGCGUUCGGCACGAAGAGCGGGGACCAGGGYGCGGUGUCGCCGGCCGCGCAGCGCAGGCCCCGCGCCAAAACCUACCCCGUUCUGGACGGCCGCAUCCCACCCGUGUGCCAACACGUGUUUCAGGAAAACUUACGGAACAGCGAGGCUGUUAUUCAGAGAUAUUCAGAACUGCUGGAGAUGGUCAGUAAAGGAGGAGGGGGAAAUGCCAUCCUGCGCCAUACCCAGCRAAACAAGAAGGUGUUUGUUCGCGAACGCCUGAAGAUGCUGCUUGAUGAUGAGUCUUUUCUUGAGCUGUCUCCGCUUGCGGGCCUCAAUAUGCCAUAUGGUGAUGUCCCGGCUGCUGGAUGCCUCACUGGAAUUGGAAAAAUCUGUGGAGUCUGGUGUGUCUUCAUGGCAAAUGAUGCAACUGUGAAAGGAGGAACUAUUUAUCCGAUUGGAGUGAAGAAACAACUGAGAGCUCAGGAAAUAGCCAUGCAGAACAGACUUCUGUCUGUGUACCUAGUUGACAGCGGGGGAGCAUUCCUGCCACUGCAGUCCGAAAUGUUUCCUGACAAGUUCCACGGUGGCCGACUUUUCUACAAUGAAGCAAUAAUGUCUGCCAUGAAAAUCCCUCAGGUGGCCGUAGUAUGUGGCUCCUGUGUAGCUGGGGGUGCCUACGUGCCCACCAUGGCAGAAGAAUCCGUGAUUAUAGAUAAAAUUGGUACCCUGUUCCUGGCUGGCCCGCCUCUGGUGAAAGCUGCUACAGGAGAAGAUGUCUCUCCUGAGGACCUAGGAGGAGCCAAACUUCAUUCUGAAGUUAGUGGCUGUUGUGACCAUUUUGCAUCUUCAGAGGAGGAAGCCUAUGAAUGCAUUCGAAAUGUUAUCUCAACAUUAAAUUAUGAGCCCCUGCCAGAGGAGGUCAGAGAGUACGAUAGUCCUCUGUAUAGUUCUGAGGAGCUCUUGGGGCUGGCGCCACGAAGUUACAACUCUACUCUUCCUGUSAAACUGAUUCUGAGCCGUCUGAUGGAUGGAAGCAGAUUCCAGGAAUUCAAGGCUGGUUAUGGAACAACAUUAGUUACUGGGUUUGGCCAUGUGGAAGGGCACUUGGUGGGGAUAGUGGCUAGCAACGGGGAGCUGUCUCAUGAUGCUUCUCUCAAGGGUGGCCAUUUCGUGCAGCUGUGCAGUCAGCGGGGGGUUCCCAUCCUCUUUUUGCAAAACACUGCCCCACAUGCAGCAGAGCCAACAAGCAUUUCGCAGGCAGAAGCUCACAGCAACAAAUUAAAAGCUCAGGCCUCCAUGAUGUCUGCUGUGGCUUGUGCAGCUGUGCCCAAGAUAACCAUUGUGAUUGGUGGAUGUUAUGGGAGCGAGAGUUAUGUUAUGUGUGGGAGAUCGUUUAGUCCAAACUUCUUGUUCUUGUGGCCUAACGCAAGAGUGGCUCUUGUGGAUUCAAGACACUUCUUCACAAUCCCAAAAUCUGAAGAAAAUGACURUAAAACAGAUGAGUUGGAACUAAACCACCUAAAAAAAAAGCUAGAGGAAGAAAGCAGUGCAUUUUACUCUUCUGCCAGGCUCUGGGAUGAUGGUGUAAUUCUACCUCAAAAUACUAGAAAGGUGGUUGCCCAGUGCCUGGACAUUAUAGAACAGCAGAGGUACCAGGUCGUACCUCCAUCUCAGUAUCCUGUCCUCAGAAUGUAAUUGCAGGCUGCUGUUUUCAAAUAAUGGGCCUUCAAAGAAUACUAAUACCACAGUGCUCACUUUAAAUGUAAGUGACUUUCUAAUUAUUUUAUACCAUUAAUAAAACAGUUAAACCAGGAACAGGCAAAGAAGAAUCCUGGAUUUAGCGCAAACAGACUUGAAGUUUGUAUUUUGAAUCAUGGCUUGUUUCUAUAUGAGUUGAAGUUCUUAUUUUGUGGAAAAAAAAAGUUUAACCUGUGGUUCUGUAGUGUUCUGAUGAAGCAAUCUCAUCCUGAGCCAUAAUG